CUCAGCCAGGCCGCAUGGCUUCCCCUCCGCCACCCAGCCCCACAGGGGAGGUCCCUCCUCUUUCACGGACCCCAACGAACAGAGUUCCCUGGGCAUUCUCUGCCUUUUAACCCCCUGUGUUCUCAGACGCGGCCCAUGUCUUCAGUGGCCACAACAGGUGCCAGUAUUCAAAUUUGACCACUGAUUGGUUUUGACCGCAACUUCCCAAAAAACUCACUUCCUUCUCAACCCAGGACAAAAUUACAGGUUAAAAGUGAUCUUUUACCCACUCCUGGGAAUGAGAGCUCAGGUCACCCAGGGACACAUGAACAAACUCCCCUGACACUGGGCAGCAUCCUGAUGCUGAUGGCACAGAGCAUAGGGGAGCCCUGCCCUGACACAUGGUGCCAGUCCACAUCCAGGCCUCCGCUCAGGGGCAUUGUCUUAGGUUGGAAAUGUGGGUGUGUAUUCUACUCCUAUCUGUGGAACAGUUCUCUGCUGUUCAUUGGGAAGUCUCUUCCACAACCAAUCUUCCCUGCAGGAGAUAGCUUCUGUUCACGGCCCAUUGAGUCUCACCACAUGACUUCAAAAAUUGCAUCAUCCCACUGCGAGUAGCUCUGCCCAGGGGAGGAGCCAAGCAUUCCUAUCUGGACAGAAUCUGAGAUCUGGAAGACCACAGUCAGCCUUUCCCCACUGGAUUCCCAGAGGAUCAGCUCUCUUCUCCACUGCAUUCCCAGAGGAAGACCAGGCCCACCUACACCACCGCUGGACCUUCAGAGGAAAACUACACCCUUCUCCAGGAUCCCUGCUUCUCCCAGAACCACAGCUGGCACUGCAGGAGGGAUGAACCACCAUGGAAUGGGACUGCUGCCACCACCCUGACCCACAGGGUGUCAGACAGGCAUCCAGCACUGAAACACAAGGAGGAGGGAGAAGAGCACUGGGGCCCAUGCAGUAAGCCCAAAAGAGCAGUUCCCCAUCUCUCCCUGGGCCCCCACUCUCCUCCAGCUCCACCACACACCCCAACACCACAACUGUGCCACUGCAGUGCUCCUGCUCUGCCCUCACCUCCACCAAGGAUGGCCCAAGAAAGGACAAGCCACUGCAAUCAACAUCACGGAAGAAGCCGCAGGCAGGGCCACUCCAAGGUCCCCAGCAGUCCGGACACUAUAAGAGGGGUGAGCAGCCCCAUUGCGGCACCUUUGCUCAGCACAACCAUGCUGGGAGCCGUCUGUCUCGUCGUGCUGCUGGGCUACGCCUACGGAUGCGGUCAGCCGGCCGUGCCACCACAGCUGAGCUCCCGCGUGGUGGGCGGUGAAGAUGCUGUAGCCCACAGCUGGCCAUGGCAGAUCUCGCUGCAGUACAGCCGCUCUGGGUCCUGGUACCACACUUGUGGUGGAACACUCAUUGCCCCCCAGUGGGUGCUGACAGCUGCCCACUGCAUCAGCUCUUCCCUGACCUACCGUGUGGUGCUGGGCAAGCAGGACCUGUCAGAGGAUGAUGAGCCUGGUUCUGUGGCCGUCGGUGUAGAAAAGACGAUCGUCCAUGAGGAUUGGGACUCCUACCUCAUCAUCAACGACAUUGCCCUGGUCAAGCUGGCAGAGGAGGUGCAGGAGACUGACACCAUCCGUGCUUCCUGCCUGCCAGCUGCUGACAAGGUCCUGCCCAACGACUACCCCUGCUAUGUCACCGGCUGGGGACGCAUCAGGACCAACGGGCCCCUGGCUGACAUUCUGCAGCAGGCUCUGCUGCCCGUGGUGGAUUAUGACACCUGCUCCAAGUGGGACUGGUGGGGUGACCUUGUGCUUGAGUCCAUGGUGUGUGCCGGCGGCGAUGGCGUCGUCUCUGGAUGCAACGGCGAUUCUGGAGGCCCCCUGAACUGCCAGCGCGAUGAUGGGAUCUGGGAGGUCGAGGGCAUCGUCAGCUUCGGCUCUGGAUGGAGCUGCAACAUGAAAAAGAAGCCAACAGUCUUCACCCGGGUGUCUGCCUACAUCGACUGGAUCAACGAGAAAAUGAGCACGAACUGAGGACGCGGCAUUGUGGAGAUACCACUGUUGACCAAGAUAAAAGCAAAAAUGCUGA